GUCAGUCGCUCAGGAGUGGCUGUAGCGUGUAAAGCAUGGCGCUGCACCGUGUGUUUUUGAGUCCUGGUUUUUCACAUCUUUGACCCGUUCGUAAAAUGUAUUCGCGGUAAGAAUACUCUUUGCUGUAAUUUAGUCAAUCACAAACGUCCACUUGUACUUAUUUCUAUGCAAAAAGGAUAAAUUUCAUUACUAAAAACAAGUCUCAUAUUGGGAAAAAUGCUUCCACUUUCGCACAAAGACACAAGGAACUUUGGUAGCAAGAUAACGGAGAAGUUACUGGAAUGGAAACAUUUGAUAUUUUCUGACCCAAAUACCAGGAAUUUAUUUUUAUUUCUUAUGUUGAAUUUAUCUUUUGCCUGCAUUGAAUUAAUGUAUGGAAUAUGGACAAACAGCUUGGGUUUAAUAUCGGAUAGUUUCCAUAUGUUCUUUGAUUGUACUGGUUUAUUAUUUGGCUUGGCUGCAUCGGUUAUUACAAAAUGGAGGGCAAACGAGCGAUACUCUUAUGGCUAUGUCAGAGCAGAAGUUCUGGGUGGAUUUGUUAAUGCUCUGCUCCUAUUUUUUAUUGCUUUGUUCAUUAUGUCAGAAGCUGUGGAAAGAGCCAUAGAACCACCAGAGAUAAAACACGAAAGACUUUUGGUUGUAUCUAUUAUGGGAUUAAUAGUUAAUUUAGUAGGGAUGUAUGUGUUCCAUCAUGGACAUGGACACGGACAUGGACAUGGAAUGGGACAUGGUCAUUCCCAUUCUCAUUCUCAUGGAAGUCAUGGACAUUCUCAUUUGAACCACAGCCACAGUCAUGAUCAUCAUGAUAUCGAGAUCGAUACUUCCUUCAGUGGGACAAAUUCUCAGAUCAUGAAAGGAGUUUUCUUGCAUAUCUUAGCAGACACUCUUGGAUCUGUAGGUGUAAUUAUAUCAGCCGUGCUGAUGCGUUUGUUUGGUUGGUUUAUAGCUGAUCCAAUUUGUUCUAUGUUGAUCUCAGUAUUGAUAGUUUUAAGUGUGCUUUCUUUAAUGAAAGACUCAUGGGAGAUAUUAAUGCAAAGGCAACCAGCUGUAUUGGAUCAUAUUUUACCACAGUGUUAUAACAAGGUGACUCAAUUGGCUGGAGUAUAUAACGUGCAAGAACCACACUUUUGGACUCUUUGUUCGGAUGUAUACGUUGGGUGCUUGAAAUUGGAAGUUGCUAGAACAGUAGAGCCUAAAUACGUUGUAGCACACACUCAAAUGAUUUUCCAAGCUGCCGGAGUAAGGCAUCUAACUGUUCAAUUAGAUUAUGCACCUAUGUGAUCUAUGAAAACUACGCAUGUUAUAAAGUGUUCUUACAAGUGCUCCAAGACUAUGUUUAUUUGUGGAGUUUGUCAAAAGCA